AUGUUCUAUUUUAACAUCACCAAAAUCUCCAACAUUAAACCUUUUCAAACAAGGUUUUUCACCACAACCUCUUCUAUACUAAAUCUCUGCACCAAACCACAACACCUUGAACAAAUCCAUGCUAGAUUCUUCCUCCACGGUCUCCACCAAAACUCUUCUCUUUCCUCCAAACUCAUUGAUUCUUAUUCCAACUUUGGACUCCUUCAUUUCUCCCACAAACUCUUCCAUUUCACCGAAAACCCAGAUUCAGUUCUCUACAAUGCUUUCCUUAGAAGCUUGUUUAAGUUCGGUGAAUACGAAAGGACUCUUUUUUUGUAUAAAGAAAUGGUUGAGAAAUCCAUGUGCCCCGAUGAAGAUUCUUGUGUUUCUGUUUUGAAUUCUUUGUUUUACGUGUGUCGAGAACGAUGGAUGUUGAUGAUGGUUCAUGGGCAUGUAGUGAAAUUGGGUAUGGAUGGGUUUAAUUUGGUGGAAAAUUGUUUGGUAGAGUUGUAUGGUUUUUUGAAUUGUUGGAAUAGUUUGAUUUAUGAGGCUUAUGAAAGUGGGAAAUUUGUGGAAAGUUUUCGAAUUUUUUGUAGGAUGAGAAAAGACAAUAUACAACAAUUCAAUUCAGUUACUGUGAUUAACUUGUUAAGGGUUAGUGUUGAAUUGAGCUCAUUGAAGAUUGGGAAAGUUCUUCAUUCUUUGGUUGUUGUGUGUGAUUUGUGUAAGGAACUAACUGUAAAUACCGCGUUGUUGUCUAUGUAUGCUAAGUUGGGUGAUCUAGAAGGUGCAAGAAUGAUGUUUGAGAAAAUGCCUGAGAAGGAUGUUGUAGUUUGGAACAUAAUGAUUUCGGCGUAUUCUGGGAAAGGUUACCCUAAGGAAUCCUUAGAGCUUGUGUAUUGUAUGGUUAGAUCGGGGAUUAGACCCGACUUGUUCACAGCAAUCCCCGCAAUUUCUUCGAUCAUGAAGUUAAAGUUCAACGAGUGGGGGAAGCAGAUGCAUGCUCAAGUGAUGAGAAAUGGUUCAGAUUAUCAGGUUUCUGUUCAUAAUUCUCUUAUUGAUAUGUAUUCCACGUGUGAUGAUAUAAAUUCGGCGGAGAAGAUUUUCUGUUUGAUAGUGGACAAGACUGUGGUUUCGUGGAGCGCAAUGAUCAAAGGGUAUGCAAUCCAUGAUCAGUGUUUCGAGGCGCUUUCUCUGUUCGUGGAAAUGAAGUUGUGUGGUACUAAAGUUGAUUUUGUAAUAGUCAUUAACAUUUUGCCUGCUUUUGCAAAGAUAGGGGCAUUGCAUUAUGUAAGAUACUUACAUGGUUACUCAUUGAAAACCAAUUUGGAUUCUCUCAAAUCGCUUAAGACGACGCUUCUUAGUAGUUAUGCAAAAUGCGGUUGCAUAGAGAUGGCUAGAAAGGUUUUUGAUGAAGAGAAAAACAGCCAUAAAGAUAUAAUUGCAUGGAACUCUAUGAUCACUGCAUAUUCUAACCAUGGAGAGUGGUUUCAAUGUUUUCAAUUAUACGACCAAAUGAAACUAUCCAAUGUUAAACCAGAUCAAGUAUCAUUUCUUGGGAUUCUCACGGCUUGCGUUAAUUCCGGCCUUGUGGAAAAGGGCAAGGAGAUUUUCAAGGAGAUGGUGGAAAUUUAUGGUUACCAACCUAGUAAGGAACACAACGCUUGUAUGGUUGAUCUAUUAGGACGUGCCGGAAAAAUCGAUGAAGCAAGCGAAAUAAUAGAAAAUAGUCAACUAAAUUCAGAUGCGAGGGUUUACGGACCCUUGUUGAGUGCAUGUAAGAUGCACAAUUCAGAAACCGAUUUUGCAGAACUUGCUGCUGAGAAACUCAUAAAUAUGGAACCUAAAAAUGCUGGAAACUACGUGUUGCUAUCGAAUAUAUAUGCUGCAGCAGGAAAAUGGGACAAGGUUGCUAAAAUGAGGAGUUUUCUUAGAGAUAGAGGACUAAAGAAAAUACCAGGGUGUAGCUGGGUAGAGUUGAAUGGACAAGUGCAUGAGUUUCGCGUUGCAGAUCAAUCUCAUCCAAGAGCAGAUGAUAUAUAUUCAGUAUUGAAUAUUUUGGAGCUUGAAGCGGGCAUGGAAGAUGAUGAUGAUCUUGAACUCAGUUUUGGAGUUUGA